AUGAUUAAGCCAAAAAAGUCCUCGCGUGAACUAUGGAAUUAAUUGGGUUUACGAAACCACAUUAAACAAGCAUUUGAAGAAAAAGAAUCUAAUUGGGGUUAAAUCGUUGAUUCCAAUAAGAAAAACCUAGUAAUUCAUUAAACUAUUCUCAGAGCCAAAGAUCCAUCUCAGAAUAUGCUAUAACAUAAAAAUUAAAAGACCAACAUAAUUCUUUUAUCAAAAAUAAAGAAAAACCUUUUACGAAAACCUUUUUAGAAGAUUAAAUUGAAAAAGGAAAUUAAGAUAAAGAUGAGUGGUUACAAUUAGCAUAGAUUAAUGAAAAAUCUCAUCUUUCACCUAUAAAUAAAAAACAUUCCAAUGAUUAAACCUUUUCUCCAAUUAAUAGACUUAAAAAUGAAGAAUAAUCUGUUAUUUAACAAUAAUCAUUCUAAAUAAAUAUUGAAAAAAAUAAUAUUUGCAAAUUACCAGGACAUGAAAAUAAUUAAUACAAAUUUAUUUGUAUAGAUAAUGAUUGUCCAUAUAAAUUAUAAAAAGCAUGUGCACAUUGUGUUAUCAAAAUGCAUACUAAGCAUGUUAGUCAAAUGAAAGAAAUUUAAAAUUAUGAACAAUUAAUUGAAUAAAAUAUUAAAAAGGCUGAUGAAUUAAUGGAUUAAAGUUAAGAAUUAUUUAAAGUAAUUCAAAAACCUUAUGAAAAUUAUUUUCUCUAAAUCAAAAAUUAAAUAAUCGCACUUAUUAAUGAUCUUCAAUAAAAACUGUUAUAAAUUAAUAAGGAUUAAAUAUAAAAAAUUAUUAAUAAUGACAUAGAAAUUAUUUAAAAUUAUAAUUCNCCUCAUAAAUGGAUUUUUUAUCUCCAAAUUUAAUGGAUAUUUGUCAUUCCAUUUUUUGAUAUCUCAUAUUAGAGAAUCCAAAUAACUCUUUUAUGCUAAUAUCUAAUAAAGCUUAAUUUCAUGAUAUUAUUCUCAGUAGAUAAUCCAUAUUAUAAACAUCUUCUACUUCCAGAAUUAAUUAAUUACACUUUUUAACCCUUUAUCAUUUCAUUAUUAAAAUUUACAUUCACUCUUUUCCAAUUUCUUAUUAAAUAAAUUUAUUUACGUACCAUUAGACUUUAUAGUUAAGUAUGA